UCGAGUGUGUGUGAAAUAGAGAUAUGGAAAAGUCUUAUUAUUGUAUUCAAUUCUUGAUAAUCAUCUCUAUAGCUGCUUUUAUAUUUGCAUAUACAAGAUACCAACCUGAAGGUCUUGGUUGCACCACACCGUGGUGCAUCACCAAGACACACCAAAAAACAAACAUCCGAUCGAGCUCGAUUUUCGACACUGAUGUUUCUAGCUCAAGCCACCACUUCACAGACACACCACUUCACCCACUUGACCCGUUAACUGUAACCGAAAUAAACAAAAUUCGAUCCAUUCUUUUGGUAUAUGCACCUUUUAAGUCGUCUUUCCCGUCUAUCAGUACUCUUUCUUUAGAAGAAUCCGAAAAAGUUGAUGUACUUGCUUGGAAAACGGGCGACCCGCUUCCCCCUAGAAGAGCAUCGGUCGUAUCUUUUUUAGACGGACAAACCCAUAUCCUAACUGUUGAUUUGGAUAUGAAUGUUGUGAUAGGUCAUGCUGUGAACAUCGGGUCUGGUUACCCGAUGUACACAGCUGAUGACCUUGCAACAGCUUUACAGACUGUAUUUACGGAUUUGGAGUUUAAUAAGUCCAUUAUGGCUCGAGGGGUGGACUUUAAUGAUCUGGUUUGUGUCCCACCUUCGUCAGGCUGGUUUGGGCCUGACGAGGAGGGUAAAAGGAUCGUUAAAGUCCAGUGUUUUUCGAGCCAAGAUACUCCAAAUUUUUACAUGAGGCCCAUAGAAGGGCUAACAGUUGUUAUAGACAUAGACAAAAAGGAGGUGGUUAAAAUUAGUGACACUGGCAGGGGUAUUCCUAUACCAAAAGCGACUCAUACAGAUUACCAAUACACUACUACUAAUAGCCCGUUUUCGGAUAUGAAUCCCCUAACAAACCCAAUGUCUAUGGAACAACCCAAAGGGCCUAGUUUCACUGUAGAGAAUGGACAUAUAGUGAAAUGGGCCAAUUGGGUUUUUCAUCUAAAGCCUGAUCUACGGGCGGGGAUGGUAAUAUCCCGGGCCAUGAUCAGGGCUGAGGAUGGGGAGUAUAGGAGUGUGAUGUACAAAGGGUUCGCGUCUGAACUCUUUGUACCUUAUAUGGACCCGGAUGAAAGUUGGUACUUUAAGUCUUAUAUGGAUGCAGGUGAGUUUGGGCUUGGUGCAACCGCUAUGUCCCUUUUGGAACUGAAUGAUUGUCCGAGAAAUGCGUAUUAUAUGGAUGGGGUUUUUGCUAGUGCAGACGGACGUCCAUUUAUUCAGCCCAAAAUGAUUUGCAUCUUUGAGAGGUAUGCAGGAGAGAUCGGCUGGAGGCACUCGGAAAUUCCGACCAUGGGUUUCGAUAUCCGAGAAUCAAGGCCAAAAGUGACACUCGUAGCGCGAAUGGCAGCAUCAGUUGGAAACUAUGAUUAUAUUUUUGAUUGGGAGUUUCAAACAGAUGGUUUGAUCCGUAUUAAGGUGGGAUUGUCGGGUAUGCUAAUGGUGAAAGGGACUCCAUACGAAAACAUAUACAAUAUCCCCAACGCCGAUGAUAUGACUGGGACACUAGUAUCAGAAAACGUGGUCGGUGUAGUUCAUGAUCAUUUCAUCUCAUUUCACCUCGAUAUGGACAUUGAUGGCACCAACAAUUCGUUUGCAAAGGUCAAUUUGGUCAAAAAAGAGACUUCACCGGGCCAAUCUUCACGAAAGAGUUACUUAAAAGCAGUAAGAAAAGUGGCAAAGACGGAAGAUGAUGCAAAAAUCAAGCUUAAACUAUAUGACCCGUCUGAAUUUCACGUCUUUAAUCCUUCCAGGAGAUCAAGAUUGGGUAAUCCAACAGGCUAUAAGCUCGUGCCCAGUGGGACUGCGGCUAGCCUGCUUGAUCUCGACGACCCUCCACAAAUUCGGGCUGCAUUUACAAAUAAUCAGAUUUGGGUGACUCCACACAAUAAAAGUGAAGUAUGGGCUGGUGGUCUUUUGGUAUCUCAAAGCAAAGGUGAAGAUACACUUGCUGUAUGGUCUGCAAGGAAUCGUGACAUUGAAAACAAGGAUAUCGUGUUAUGGUACACACUGGGUUUUCAUCACGUACCAUGCCAAGAGGAUUUUCCGGUAAUGCCAACGGUGUCAUCGAGUUUUGAGCUUAAACCUGUUAAUUUCUUUGAUCGAAAUCCAAUUAUGGGCGCGAAACCAACAUUUCAUAAGGAUCUUCCUGUGUGUUCUACUGUUGCUCAUGCCUAUUGAUCAAUCUAUACAAUGUAUUCUAAAUGUCGAAAUUUGGUGAAAUCUACCCAUUUUGAGAAAUCAAACGGAUAAUUGUGUCUUUAUUCAGAUUAAUUUUUGGUGAUAA